CUCCACUCUUCUUUCCUUCUUUCCUUUUUUUCUCCACUCCCUCAUUCCUUAUUCUCUCUCACCACUGCCACUCCAACGCUUGAACCAAAGGACAAAAUAUUUAUAAAAGUUAUGGCGCUCCAUCCAACCUUGCUCAAGACCCUCAACCUGGUCACCUAUCUUCUUGUCGUGGCAACCGGUGUGUUCUAUCGAGAGUUCCUUCAAGAUAUUUACGCUUCACGUCCCAAUUAUCUCGCCAACAAUGAACUGGGCUUUAUCGUCCCAGCUACCGUCUGGGCUCUUCUUGGAGGAUUCGUGAUUGUUCAAUGGUUUGAUUUUGCACAUGACGUCGUUGUCGAGGCUAUUGACUGGCACUUGUUUGCCAGCAACUUGGUCGUAAUCUUCUGGGUUUUCAGCUGGAAAUUCGACUGGUUGGUGGUUAGUGAGGUCUUACUUGUCAUCAAUGCGAUCCUUAUCUGGAGACUGUACAUCAAGAUGCGUGACUUCACAGCUACCAACAUUGCCGACUAUGCGUUCGUCCAUAUUUCAUUCUCGAUCUAUACAGGAUUGGUCUGGUUCGAUGUUCUUCAAAACUUCUUUACAGCCUUUACAGAUAAGGAAGGGGGCCCUACUUCCUGGACUGCCCUUGGUGCUGCCGCCGCUAUCUUUGUCAUGUUGGCUAUCGGUAACUACCAUGCCGAGUUUUCCAAGGACCCCGAUUCAUGGGCUGCCAUUUCUAUUGCUCUGAUGAUUUUGAGCAUCAGUUUCGAACAAGGUCCUAGCGUUCCUAUUAUCUAUCUUGUCAGCUUCAUCAGUUUUGGCUGCUUGCUCGGUGCUUUGAUUAGGCGUCUUGUCAACCAUAUCAUCCUCUGGCGCUCUCCCGUCUGGCGUGAUGAUGAGAUCCCUACCUACAACAAUGGCGAGCGAUCCCCUCUCAUUCGUCAAUAAUAGAAAUAUAUACAAAUCUCAGUGAUAACUCAGCACAACACUACAGCUCCAAUAACAGUAGCAGCAAUAGCGACAGCAAUGGCACCAUUAGCAUAUUCUUAUACACUCGUUCGCCUCAUAUACCACUUAUUUUGCGCACCUAGAAAAAAUACAUCCACAUUCCCUUCCAUGAGCGUGUCUUUCUCUCGAUCUUACUUCAUCAUUAUUUUUUAAUAAACAAAUUCACAAGUUUAAAAAAAAAACCAUUGGGCAAGAGCGUUUUAUUGUCGCAGGCUUGUUGAUGAUAAAGAAUU